CAUACCACUCUGUCUUCUGAAUCCGUACAGGGUGUCCUAUACCCUAAACUAUUACCUAAAUUCAAUCAUUCACCGGUGUACCCAAUACGAGUUUUUUUCCAAUUCCGGCAAGUGUUCUGAUGAUGGAGACGCAAAUUCAGACCAAUUACUCAUACAUGGGAAGAAAUUUUAGCAACACAAAUGAUGAUUCCACCGCUUUUAGUGAUUGCAACAGCGACCGAUCAGGUGAAUUCCCGACGACCUCUUCGGAGAGCCGUCGUCUCCUUUUGUCCUGCGCCACCGAGAACUCAGAAGAUCUAAUCCGGCAGCUUGUGUCUGGUCUCGAAUCUGGUUCGGUUGACGAUCAGAAACAAGCAGCGAUGGAGUUACGGCUCUUAGCGAAGAACAAACCAGAGAACAGAUUGAAGAUCGCGAGAGCUGGAGCAAUCAGGCCGUUGAUUGCGCUAAUCUCUUCGUCCGAUCCGCAGCUUCAAGAGUAUGGAGUGACGGCGAUUUUGAACUUGUCUCUAUGCGAUGAAAACAAAGAGCAAUUGGCUUCUUCCGGAGCAAUCAAACCGCUGGUUAGAGCGUUGAAGAUCGGAACAUCAACGGCGAAAGAAAACGCAGCGUGUGCUUUACUCCGUUUAUCUCAAUUAGACGAAAACAAAUCUGCGAUCGGACGGUCAGGAGCGAUUCCUUUACUUGUAAACCUUCUCGAAAGUGGAAACAUCCGCGGGAAAAAAGACGCGUCGACGGCGUUGUAUUCAUUGUGUUCGGUGAAGGAGAAUAAGAUUCGAGCUGUAGAGGCGGGGAUCAUGAAGCCGUUGGUUGAACUCAUGGCCGAUUUCGGAUCAAACAUGGUGGACAAAUCGGCAUUUGUGAUGAGUAUUUUGGUAUCCUCGGCGGAGGCAAGGGCGGCGCUGGUGGAGGAAGGAGGAAUCCCGGUGUUGGUGGAAAUCAUAGAGGUCGGAUCACAGAGGCAGAAGGAGAUAGCGGUGGUGAUAUUGUUACAGAUAUGUGAUCAGAGUCUGGUGUACCGGACUAUGGUGGCCCGCGAAGGAGCCAUUCCUCCCCUCAUCGCCCUGUCGCAAUCUGGUACCAAUCGAGCUAAACAAAAGGCGGAGACGUUGAUUGAGCUUCUACGUCGACCAAGAUCCGGCAACAACGCGGCCAACCAGGAUUUGACAGAUUAACAUGUUCUCCUUUCCAUCAGCAUACACACAUACUUACAAACAUGGGACAAAAAUUUGUAUAUGCUCACAGUUGCUUCCUAUGUUUUGUAAGACACAAAUAUUAAGUGUUGUUUUUUUUGUUAAAUUUUAGUUCUUACUGUGUA